CUGCUUCCUGUAUUAAUAACCCAUUGCCAUCUUGCCGUAUUGUGCAGGAAAUAUGGCCCGGCACACCUGGGAAUCCAACGACCCCCUCAUGUAUUUCAUCUUCCUGGAACGUUUCUCUGAGAGGUCCCGAGUGGUGGAGGCCGGCACACUGUGCUGCAUGAGUGAAGAAGAUUAUCUCCAGCAAGUGGCCAAUGACCACCCUUCUCCACGUUGGCUAACUGUCACCAUGAUUGGGGAAAGCGGUGUGGUUAAAGUGGAUGUAAAUGUGUUGCAGCCCCUUGAUAGGAAUAAAGCUGCACUGUUGCUGGCUGUACCGAAUCCCACCGAGCGGCUUGGCUGCUUCUUGGAGAGAGGUCUUCUCGAGCAGGCUAUCCAAGCAGAGGUUGGACAGGAGGUCCUGGUAGACUAUGGAAACAAGCUGCACCCGGGUCUCCUUCACUACGUGGGCAGUAUUCUGGACAGCAGCGCGUUACUCCCACCUCUUUACUUUGGAGUGGAACUGGAGGGUGAAGGAGAAGGAAAUGGUGAAAAUGAUGGCACCUACAAGGGAGUGACAUUCUUCAAGUGUAAAAAGAACAGUGGACUCUUCUUACCAUUCAACAAGGUCAUGUUCUCUGGAAACUUGCUGCCAGAGACGCAAUCCGUUUCAACAGAUCGAAUUAACUCUGUAAUGCCUGGAGAAAAGGUUUCGUAUUAUGUGGAUGAUUCAUUAAAACGAGGCACAGUUAUUAUUACAAGUGACCAGCAGUGUGAUGGCUUUAUUGAAGUGUUGCCGGAAGAUGGAUCACAAGAUGCGCUCCUAAAGGUUUCCCUCGACUCUGUUUUAAAGGAGGAAACUCUCUCUAAAGGUAAUGAAAUCCUGGGCUGUAAUUUAAAGAAUGAUUCCAUUGAAACUGACGGAGCGCAGGAUGGGGAGGACCUCGCGAAGCACCCACUAGAAGUCAACUCUAUGGUGCAGAUUCAGUACAAAGAAGGAGAAGUGGCCCACGGGAUAAUCCGAUGGAUGGGGAAUAUCCCACAUAUGGAAGGCACCAUGGUUGGCGUGGAGCUAGAUGAAGAUAAAGGAUGCACAGAUGGAAACUUGCAGAAUCACCAGUAUUUUGUCUGCCCUCCAAAACGAGGCCUUUUUGUGAAGCUGAGAGCAUGUCGCCCUGACACGAGGUUCCUGAUCAGUCGGGACGCUGAGCCAAAACCUCUUGCACACCAAACACACAACAGGGAAGAUGGUGCGAAGGUCACAGAGAAGAUACCUCCCUUGCAAGGUAGUGCGGCAGUCGAUGUCUUACUGGGAAGAAUGAAGGGGAUCCAGGGUCACUGUAACUCCUGCUAUAUGGACGCUGCCCUCUUCAGUCUGUUCUCCUGCAGCUCAGUCCUGGACUCUCUGCUCUUCAAGCCGUCGACAUGUCUCCCGGACGGUCACAUCCAGAGGAUUCUACGCGAGAAUAUUGUUUAUCCACUGCGCAAGACUGGCUUUGUGUCUGCCAACAGCGUCAUGAUGUUACGGCAGCAGCUGAUGGAGGAGAGUCAGUGCCCGAGCUUCACCACCAGCGAGAAAGAUCCCGAGGAGUUCCUGAAUCUCAUCAUGCACCGUAUUUUGGGAAUGGAACCUCUCCUAAAGUUACAGUGUGAAGGCCAGAAGGUACAGGAUUGCUACUGCUAUCAGAUCUUUAUAGAGCAGCAGUCGGCAGUCACAGUCCCCACCGUACAGCAGCUCUUGGAGUACUCAUUCCACCACUCUAACCUGAAGCUGGCAGAGAUCCCCUCAUGCUUCAUUAUACAGACCCCACGUUUUGGGAAGGAGUACAAGAUGUUUAGUAAAAUUAUCCCCUCCCUGGAGCUGGAUAUCACGGAUCUACUGCAGGAUAGCCCACGAGAGUGUGUCGUGUGUGGGGAUUUGGCCACCCAGGAGUGCAGAGAAUGCUUCAAAAAUAUAAUUCUGUCCGACUCCGGUUUUAAACAGUAUUGUGACGUGUGUGCUAAACAGGUGCAUUUACAUCAGUCACGCACAAGUCACAAGCUCUCACCUCUCAGGGUCCCAGUGGGCUUCAAGCAAGAGAAAGACAAGAGACCACCCCCCAUCCCCAGAGAGACCCUGGAGCUGUUCGGCGUUCUAUGUAUCGAGACCAGUCAUUACGUCUCUUUUGUUAAAUACGCCCCAGAGAAGGGCAGCUGGAUGUUUUUUGAUAGCAUGGCAGACCGAUACGGUAGCGUUGAUGGCUACAACAUUCCAGAAGUCACUCUGUGCCCAGAGGUAGCCACUUACCUGGCAGCACCUGUGAAGGACCUUAGUAGCCAGAACCCCCGGGAUAUGAAAGGUGUGGCCAAGCGGCUCUUCUGCGAUGCCUACAUGUACAUGUACCAGAGCAAGAGGAUGGCGUUGUAUAAAUAACGUGCCAAUUAAUCGUAAUCUUGGACUAGAUAAAGGCCAGCGACUACGUCGAUACUGCACAGUGGCUUAUGGGUGGGCAACCAGUCAGGUGUUUGUCCAAAGGGUGAUUAAGGCCUGUGCCAGUCCGGUGGCAGCCCAGCCACGUAUAGAUCUGGUUUUCAUGUCAUUAUACCCAUGUUACACACUGGGAGCUCUUCAUACGAAAUGCCCCGAGCUGGCGAUUGUUUCAUUCAGAGAGGGCACGGAAAGAGCCAGUGGCUGCCCCAGACUUCCUAGUUGGGCAAAUAAGAAUGUGCUACUUAUGUGGCAAAAUAAGAAUAAUUUGGUGCUUUGCAUAUUUGCUGUUUGUUUUUGCAUGUUUAACAGUUUAUCUUUUCAGAAUUUUCGUUCAGUCAGAAUAGCUAUUUAUUUAAUUUAAAGAAACGGGCACCGCCAAUUACUCCGAUCCGUUUACUGCCAAUGACAAUAUAAGGGACCCAGGCUGUGAAAAUGCUCAUAUUGAUUUACUAUGAAGGGCCCUGUCCUGUUUAGUACAUAGAAAGUUAGGAUUCUCUGUACGACAGUCAGCCGUUAUCACUAAUGUGAUCGCUAAAUACCAUUUUUAUUCUAGUAAGUUUACUGGAAAAGAAAAAAGACCUCAGGGGCACUGUCUAUAAAAUAUGUUCAAUAUUAAAUAAAACUGUUUUGUUUUA